ACACUCUCUCUCUCUCUCUUUCACACACACACACACACACACACACGCAUACACACACACACACACAGAGUUAUCCUGCACAGAUUCUGCUCCAGCUGCUCUCCACACACACACACACACACACACACACACACACACACACACUGAUUUUGGUGCAGAAGGAACUCACCUGGAGAAAAGUUUUAAAGCUAUGAGAGACGCAGAGCUUCUCCUCCUGCAGCAGGUCUGAUCUCACACAGGAACACGAGCGGAGUUCUCCAGCACCAAGCUCAUAAAAGAACUUGUCUGAGGAACAUCUGCUGAUCUUUCCUAACAGGAGCUGGACCUCAGUCCCUACUGGAACACUCCUCACUCUUUUACUUUGUUCCACUUUAUUGUGAUUUGACUUUAUUUGUGAGUUUUUGGAUGGAGAGCUUCAGGAUGACAGCGUUCCUCCUCUUCCUCCUUCUCUCCUUUCUCCUGCACAGGUCAGAUUCGAACGCGAUCAUCGGGCUGUCCAAGCACAUUGAGCCCAUCCUGAAUGCCAACACGGUGUGUCUAACACUCCCAGGACUGACGAAGAAGCAGAUGGAUAUGUGCAUGAGAAACCCAGAUGUCACAGCCUCAGCUAUCCAGGGCAUCCAGAUCGCCAUUCAUGAGUGCCAGCACCAGUUCAGGGGGCAUCGCUGGAAUUGCUCGAGCCUUGAGACACGAAACAAGAUUCCCUACGAGAGCAUCGUCUUUAGCCGAGGGUUCAGGGAGAGUGCGUUUGCAUAUGCUAUCGCCGCGGCAGGCGUGCUACACUCUGUCUCAAAUGCCUGCUCCAUGGGGAAACUGAAGGCGUGUGGCUGUGACGAGAAACGGCGCGGAAACGAAGAAGUCUUCCGCCAGAAACUGAACCGACUGCAGCUGGAAGCCAUCCACCGAGGCAAGGGCAUGGUGCACGGUGUAAUGGAGGAGCGAGGGGGUGUCCUGGAGGACCAUGGGGUUGCCAAAGGGGGUGGAGCCAUGGAGGAGUGGGAGUGGGGGGGUUGCAGUCCUAAUGUGGAGUUCGGGGAGAAGUUCUCUAAAGACUUCCUGGACUCGAGAGAGACCUACAGAGAUAUACACGCCCGGAUGCGACUGCACAACAACCGUGUUGGACGACAGGUGGUGUUGGAUCACAUGCGACGAAAGUGUAAAUGUCACGGCACGUCGGGAAGCUGCCAGUUGAAGACCUGUUGGCAGGUGACUCCUGAUUUCCGGCUAGUGGGCUCCCUGCUGAAGGAGCGCUUCAACCUAGCUGCGCUAAUCAAAACACACAACCGAAACACAGGCCAAGUAGAGCAUGUACCUCAGCAUCAGCAUCACCAUCAUCAUCACCAUCAUCAUAAUCAUCACCACCACCCUCCACAGCAAGAGCGGCGACGCAACAACGCCAACGCGCUCGUCUACUUUGAGAAAUCUCCGGAUUUCUGCGAAAGGGACAUUGAGUCAGACUCGGCAGGGACGCAAGGGCGCAUCUGCAACAAGACAAGCCAGGGAAUGGACAACUGCGAGAGCCUGUGCUGUGGUCGGGGACACAACAUCCUGCAGCAGACACGACGGGAACGCUGCAACUGUAAAUUCCACUGGUGCUGCUACGUUGUGUGUGAGGAGUGCCGGGUAAAUGAGUGGGUCAGUGUCUGCAAGUGACAAUAACUAAGACCCGUAUAAAUGAAUCAAUAAAUAUAUAAUUGCCCAAAGACGGGGAGCGACAAAAGGGCCGAACCAUGAUGAUCAACACAAGACAUCGGACAUUUUCCCAAUGGACUGCCAGCAUUCUGUUCUCUGUAGCAGAACAGAACAUAAAGAACCACUUGUUGGAGUAUAAAAACUGGUGUAUGCUGAGUGUAACUCCACCCCUUGUGCCCAGUCUUGCCCACCUGUUCACCCUACUCACAGUACUUCUGCACUGUGUCAAUUCAGGAAAAAUCAGUUUUAAAAGUAAAACAAUAAGACAGUUUGAUUAAGAUCACUAGAGAGCACUCAGUAACGUCAAUAACAUUUAACUUAUCUAUAAAGAUCUCGGAGGUGAGAUGCUCUCUGGUACUUACUGGACGGAGACAAAAAGACACACCAUAUUUAUCCACUAUGCACAGAGCUUUUGGUUCAUUCCUAAAUGUUUAUACAGUAUGUUUAACGCUUUAGUUUAUACGUACCACAAACGUCAUGUGGAUUACUUUAAGUCACACCUGCAGGAAUGUUUGUCAGGAGACAAACAUGCAACACACACGCCAGUUUCUUGUAAGGGAAAUUUUAUUUUUUAUAAAGUUUGUCCCGCCACACUUAGUGUUGCCACAGUUAAUUACAAUGAUUAGCAUGACAACCUUAUUACACGAUUUAUAAGGAGCUUCUCCACAAAGCUAGCAGUAGUGAUGUUUCUCAGGUGCAGUCUGAGAGCAGUGUAAAUUCUGUGGUAGCAUGCCUACCAUAAAAGCCCUUCAAGUUCUUCAAGGGUUCUUUAAGCAUUCUUUAGUAACCAGACAAAGUCCCAGUAAUGCCACUAGCUAGCUAACAAUCCUAGCCAACAAUCAAGUACAUAUAGAUGUACUGUUUUAAUCCUGAACGUAAAUAACG